AUGCCGGCGCUCACCGCGGCGUGCUCCGCGCCCGAAAUCUCGCCGGCGCUCGCGCCCGAGGAGCUCUUUGUGGCGGCCGCCGACGGCUCGGCCUACGCUGUCCUGCGCCUCUCCAUCACCGAUGGCGAGUUUCUCUCGGUCCGCACUCCGUCGUCGCCCGAUGUCCACCUCGUUCACACCCGCCAGCGCCGGGUGGCUCCCGGCGUGGCAGUUGCCGCCUCGCUCGACGCGCCCAUUGUUCUCGCUGACGGCGCCAGCUUUCGUCGUCGCCCGGCCGAGAGCCUGCUCGAUGAUCUGCGCGACGCCGUCCUUGCCGGCCUCGACAUCAUUGCCGCACCGCCCGGAUCUGAGUUUGUCACCGGCUCCGCCACUCUCUACGGUCUCGACGCGCCGCUCACGGCUGCGCCGGUCGAGCUCGAGCUCGCCGGCCAGGUCUCUGUCCGCGACGGCAACUUUGUCUACACCGGCCUCCUCGGCGACUGCUUGCUCGGAAGCCACGGAUCGAGGCUUCCGUUUGCGCUCAUCGCCUCGGGCGCCUCGGUCUCGGGCACCAUUUCCCACAUCGGGGCCGUGUCGGGCGAGCCGCACGAGUUUGGCGCGGUCGCCGCCGUCGUCGCCACGCUCCUUGCCGAUCGCGCCGCCAAGUCCGCUGCCAUCGCCGCCGCCGCGCCGCGGCUCCUACACCCCGCCCCACCAGGCCUGACUUCUCCCAGUGAGUUCCCGCCGCUACCGCGCCCGACUCUGCGCCCGCGGCCCAAGCUUCCGGGUGCUGCCCUCCUCCGCCUGCGCAAGAAGAAGCGCAACUCACGCGCCCGUCGCCGCACUGAUCGCGGCGCGGGCAACACCCUUGCCAUCCCACUUCACUGCAUUCCGGGCGUCAUGCCGUCUGCCGCCAUGUCGCCCGGCCACGUCCGCCUUAUCGACUCGCUCUGCAACUACUUUAUCGCAGGAUACUGCGCCUUUGGCGCCGACUGCCGCAAGUCGCACGCGGUGGCGAGGGUAGCAUCGGCGUGUUGACGGCGGCCCCGGCGAAUCUCGGCAAAAUAGAAACAAAUAGUUCCACC